CAGGUUUGCAGGAAUUUUCUCCUUACCGAGAGAAAAACUUGUGUUGAAGCAGCCAAUAUGUUAUCCUUUGGUCACACUCAACCAUGUACUAGUCCCACCCAGCAUAACAACUUCUCUAGUCGCUGCCAAAAUUUCUUGUAAAGAGCCAAACAGUAUUAAAAACCUGCUCUAUUUUUUUAUGGUUUGAGCAAGAACAUUGUAUUGACCAAAUAAACGUGCUAUUGCUGCUUGACAAUUUUUGCCGACAUGGUACAUAUACUUUCAUCUCAUUGUUAGCUACCCUUUUUUGCUUAUAAAUACAACCCAACCAUUCACUUUAGAAUGAACUCUCUUUCUAUCAACUAGCUAGGUCUUCUUCCUCCUCCUUACUAACCACUAAUCUCUUUCACUCUUAAACUCUUUAAGACCUAACAAGAAACAUGGUAAGCAGCAGCGACAUGGCCUACAAUUGCGGCCCGUCGCUCCUUGACGACCUUGACACCGCCCUCCGAGCUAAGAGGAGGUGGCGGAUGGCCUUUUUGGCGUUACGUGUUGUCCGUGUUAUGCUUGAGCUUCCCAAAGAGAUAGUAUCCAGGGCAAAAAAGUAUGGAGACGUAGAAAUUGAUCACAACAGUUUUGUGUCCGACGUUGAUGAUCAUGAAGAUGCUGGACUUGCAGAAACUGUGAAGGAAAAGAACUUGGCUGCUGCAAAAAGCCGCGAUUCGCCUUAUGGUUAUGGCAAAUUGCUCUUCGACAUCACCACUACCACCCUCACCAGAGCCAAGAUGAGAUGGCGCAUGGCCUACGCAACAAUAUAUGCUGUUCGGGCCAUGCUUUCGCUUCCCAAAGAGCUUCUAAACAAGAAAAACAACUACAAAAAGGACUCCGAGAUCUUGCACUCUUAUUCUUACACUGCACUGGAUGUGAAACCAAGCACUUCCCACCAAGAAAUCAUUACUGAAACUGAUCGGUGCAGUUUUCUCCCCAACACUGUAUUUGAUCAUGUAGGACUUGUACGAGUGGUGAAGGAUAAAGACUUGGGCGCUCUGAACCAGUUUGGAGGAGUUAUCGGCGUCAGCACUUAUCUCAAAACAAACCCUGAAAAUGGCAUCCCUGGAAAUGAGCUAGAAGUCAACGAAAGGCGUGAAAUCUUUGGUUCAAAUACCUACCACAAGCAGCCUCCAAAAGGGUUGUUCUAUUUUGUGCUGGACGCUUUGAAAGAUACAACAAUUCUGAUUCUCUGUGUCUGUGCGGCGCUUUCUCUCGGAUUUGGAAUCAAAGAGCAUGGAGCGAAGGAAGGCUGGUACGAGGGAGGAAGCAUCUUUGUUGCUGUAUUCAUUGUCAUUGUUGUCUCAGCUCUCAGUAACUUUAGACAAGAAUUACAGUUCGACAAAUUGUCUAAAAUCAGUAGCAACAUCAAAGUUGAGGUAUUUAGAGACAAACAGAGACAAGAAAUCUCCAUCUUCGAUAUUGUAGUUGGAGAUGUUGUGGUUCUGAACAUGGGAGAUCAAAUACCUGCAGAUGGAUUGUUCCUAGAUGGGUAUUCCUUACAAGUGGACGAGUCAAGCAUGACGGGAGAGAGUGACCAUGUUGAAGUUGAUUCUACCAAGAACCCCUUCCUGUUCUCCGGUGCAAAGGUGGUAGAUGGCCAUGCUCGAAUGCUCGUCACAUCAGUUGGGAUGAACACUGCGUGGGGAGAAAUGAUGAGCUCAAUAUCGCAGGACUCAAAUGAAAGAACACCAUUACAAGAAAGGCUUGACAAACUAACCUCUUCUAUUGGAAAGGUAGGCCUUGCAGUUGCCUUCCUAGUUCUUGUAGUCUUGUUGAUUCGUUAUUUCACCGGUAACACAAAAGAUGAUUAUGGAAAAAAGGAGUACAGUGGUAGCAACAAAAAUAUAGAUGGUGUGUUGAGCGGAGUAGUUCGCAUUGUUUCCGCUGCAGUCACUAUUGUGGUUGUGGCAAUCCCAGAAGGUCUGCCGUUGGCCGUCACACUAACACUUGCUUACUCAAUGAAAAGAAUGAUGAAUGAUCAGGCUAUGGUCAGAAAACUACAAGCUUGUGAGACGAUGGGAUCAGCAACCGUUAUUUGUACUGACAAAACAGGAACUUUGACAAAAAAUGAAAUGGAAGUGACUCAAUUUUUUGUUGGCCAAGAUCUCAUUGAGAAAGAUAAUUCAAUCACAUCAAUUGUUCGUGAAUUAUUCCAUCAAGGAGUUGGCUUGAACACGACCGGAAGUGUUUACAUGCCUCUUUUGGGAUCAAAACCCGAAAUUUCUGGUAGUCCAACAGAGAAAGCGAUUCUCCAUUGGGCUGUUUCAGAUUUGGGUAUGGACAUGGAAAAGUUGAAGCCUAGUUAUGACAUUCUUCAUGUUGAAACGUUUAACUCAGAUAAGAAACGAAGCGGGGUUCUUAUAAAGAAGAAGAAUAACACCAUCCAUGUGCACUGGAAAGGAGCUGCUGAGAUGAUCGUUGCAAUGUGCUCGAGUUAUUAUGAAACCAACGGGACUGUAAAGUCCUUGGAUGAAGAUGGUAGGUCAAAUAUUGAGAAAACAAUCCAAGGCAUGGCAGCUAGUAGCCUCCGGUGCAUUGCUUUUGCUCAUGCUCAAAUUUCAGAGAAAGAAAUUGAAUACAGCAACAACAAGGCCCACCCAAGGCUAAAAGAAGAUGGAUUAAUCUUGCUAGGGGUAGUUGGUCUCAAAGAUCCAUGUCGGCCAGGGGUCACCAAAGCUGUGAAAAUAUGCAUGUCUGCAGGCGUGCAAAUUAAAAUGAUUACCGGAGACAAUGUUUUCACAGCUAAAGCUAUAGCUACAGAAUGUGGAAUACUAAAGACUGAGGAUGUGGAAAAUGGUGAUCAAGUGAUAGAAGGAGCAGAAUUCCGAAACUACACACCGGAAGAGAGAAUGAAAAGGGUCGAUAGAAUUUGCGUGAUGGCAAGAUCCUCCCCGUUCGACAAGCUAUUGAUGGUGCAGUGUUUGAAGCAGAAAGGACAUGUGGUUGCAGUCACAGGAGAUGGCACAAAUGAUGCACCUGCAUUGAAAGAAGCUGAUAUAGGACUUUCCAUGGGAAUCCAAGGGACGGAGGUGGCAAAAGAAAGCUCAGACAUCAUCAUCUUGGACGACAACUUCAAUUCUGUGGCCACAGUUUUGAGGUGGGGGAGAUGUGUUUAUAACAAUAUACAGAAGUUCAUCCAGUUUCAACUAACCGUUAAUGUCGCAGCUCUAGUAAUCAACUUUAUCGCCGCAGUUUCAGCUGGUGAAGUUCCCCUAACAGCAGUUCAGUUGCUGUGGGUGAAUCUCAUCAUGGAUACACUAGGCGCUCUCGCCCUUGCUACUGAACGGCCAACAGAUGAGCUAAUGCAGAAGAAACCUGUAGGUCGAACUGCACCACUCAUAACCAAUAUUAUGUGGAGAAACCUUUUAUGUCAAGCUCUAUAUCAAAUAGCCAUCCUCUUAACCUUGCAGUUCAGUGGCGAGUCCAUCUUCAAUGUCACUGCUGCGGUGAAUGAUACUUUGAUUUUCAACACGUUCGUACUCUGUCAAAUUUUCAACGAGUUCAACUCGAGGAGCAUGGAGAAGCAGAAUGUAUUCAAAGGAAUUCACAGGAACAAAUUGUUUAUUGGAAUUGUGGUUAUAACUAUCGUUCUUCAAGUUGUGAUGGUGGAGUUCCUGAAGAAGUUUGCAAGCACAGAGAGGUUGACUUUGUGGCAAUGGGCAACUUGUGUCGCAAUUGCAGCUGUUUCAUGGCCAAUUGGUUGGAUCGUGAAGUGCAUACCAGUUCCAGAUGAACCGUUCUUCAAAACUAUCAAGAGGUCACUCACUAACAAAAGAAAUGUGUGAGCAUCUCGGACUCCAAGUCUUGGGUUUGGCUCGAGAACCAAGGUCCAGGUUCCGGAGUUCAGGGACCAGGACAAGAUGCCGGAUACCUGAGCUCAAAGCUCAAAGGCGUAAGCUCAGGGCUCAAGGUCCAAAGUGGAGCUCUAGGCUCUAGGCUCUAGGUUUGGGACUCAGCGCUCGGGGUUCAAGCUCUACAUCCCUAGCUUGGAAUCUAGGUUUGAGUAUUUGAUGCUCGGAGUCAAUGCCUACGGCUUGGAGUCUUAGGCUCGAGUGAAUUUGUAAAUUUGGAAUGCUCAUUCCCAAACUAUAUAUGUGAACCAAGAAAACGGAAUGACCAUUCCAUAAGGAUGCGUAAACCCUAAUAAUCCAAAUGUUACCUAAGAUACGGAUUAUUAUGGUGUAAAAUAAUAAGUUCCAAGAUAAGAUUCCAUGUAUCUGAACUUGUAAGUGUGAUGUUUGUAGGAGAUGUACAAGAGUGCAUAAGCCGAAUUUAAUCAUUUUCUAACUUCAA